AUUUACCAGAGUAGAGUUUCGUUUCGAGGGCCUGGCUUAUUCUCGUUCGUGCCUCGUUCAUCGAGUCACGUCAUACAAACAUUUUUAAAAAAAAUUCUAUAAAAAAUGGCACUCACUUUCGGUAUGUGCGAAACUCCUGGUUGUAAAACUAUGGCCAGCCUUCAAUGUCCAACUUGUUUGAAAAUAGGCAUACAGGGUUCAUACUUUUGCACUCAGGAUUGUUUCAAACGGAGCUGGAAAACUCAUAAAGUUAUUCAUCAGUUAGCUAAAGGAACAGGAGGUGAUAAAACAUCCAAUGAAUAUAAUCCAUGGCCGUUUUAUCAUUACACUGGCAAAUUACGUCCUUACAAAAGGGAACCUCGCAGAGAAGUACCUGAAGAAAUUAAACGGCCAGACUAUGCUACACAUUCUACAGGGGUAUCUGUAAGUGAACAAGCGGUAAGAGGCUCUGCCCAAAUAAAGGUUCUUGAUGAUGAAGAAAUUGAGGGCAUGAGAGUAGCUUGUAAGCUCGGACGAGAAGUUUUGGACGAAGCUGCGCGUACAUGCGACGUAGGUGUCACGACAGCCGAGAUUGAUAAAGCGGUUCACGAGGCAUGCGUCGAGAGAGACUGUUAUCCGUCUCCGCUGAAUUAUUAUCAGUUUCCAGCAAGUUGCUGUACUUCUGUUAACGAAGUGAUUUGUCAUGGAAUUCCUGAUACUAGGCCCCUUCAAAAUGGAGAUAUCUGCAAUGUUGAUGUGACUGUAUAUCAUAACGGUUUUCACGGUGACUUAAACGAAACGUUUCUAGUCGGUAAUGUAAAACCGGAAGUUAGAAAAUUAGUCGAAGUUACGUACGAAUGUUUAUCGAAAGCCAUAGACAUUGUACGACCCGGUGAAAAAUAUCGAGAAAUUGGGAACGUGAUUCAGAAACAUGCACAAGCACAUGGUUUUAGCGUGGUACGCAGUUACUGCGGUCACGGAAUUCAUCGUUUAUUUCACACUGCACCCAGUGUUCCUCACUAUGCCAAAAAUAAGGCUGUGGGUGUUAUGAAACCAGGGCAUUGCUUUACCAUAGAACCAAUGAUAUCUCAAGGUACGUGGAGAGAUGAAAUGUGGCCGGACACUUGGACGGCGGUCACCGCUGAUGGCCAAUGGUCGGCACAAUUUGAGCAUACGUUGUUGGUUAACGAAACUGGUUGUGAUAUUCUUACAAAACGGCUGACAAACGAUGGGAAACCGUGGUUCAUGGAUCGUACAUAGUAGUAUUUCUAUGGGUAUCAUUGUCAGAUUUAAUCAUUUAAAAUUUUGUGGAUAUAUAUGCACUAUACCCCUUUCUUUACUUUCGGGCGAGAUUACUUUUUUCCAGGAUUGAAAUUCCCUUCUCUGGCGAGCGAUAUAGUAAUACCGGUAACUCCGAUUCUCUUCUGUAAAAUAAUUUUCACUAUACGGCUUAUUCGAUUGGCUAAUUUUUUAAAAGACCGAGGCGAAAGCGAUCUUUGAAAAAUAGAAUCUCGUUAAAUUUUUGUUUGUACCCGGCUCCUGUAUCAUAUAGAUAGAUCACUUGGAUGAUAACAUAUGUACAUAUAUAUAAAUGUAAUUCAAAUCGGUGAUGCGUAAUGAUUGAAAUAAAAAAUGAAUUCUAUGAA